AGAUGGAGACAGCAAGAGACAGAAAUAUUGCAACGAGACGCAGACCAAGACAGAUAGAGCAAAAGAAGAGAUAAGACUUGCGGCGGGACGGGACCGUAAACAAUAAGUGGCAGAAGGACACAGGGAGCAACGCCGGAAAGGGAAUACAGAAAUAGGAAGGGAAAGGGGGCUGGUCCAGCGGGGAGGAAGAGAGUGAACUGCUGCUCAGGAGGCUGUGGGGAAACUGAUGGGAUGGCAUUGAUCUCUGGGAGCUGCCGGCUCCUGGGCCAGAUGGCGUCUUGUUGCUGCAGACCGCUCCUCCACUCCGCCUGCUGUGGACCGCUCAUCAAAGUCUGCCUCUCCUCCUUCACAGACAUCUCUCCUGCAGAGCUGGACGCUCUUUGGAGGGAACCUCCGUACACUCUCGGGGGAACCAGUGAACAUUUCUCAGGAAAUGGCGUCAUGACUCAAGGUGAGGAGGAGGAUGGUCCGCUGGUGGAGUCAGGCGAGGGCGGGGUGGAGCCAGACAGCUACUGGAAGAAGAAAGAGGCGUUCCUCAAAGGCAGCACCGUGUCUCUGGGGGAGAAAUUCUCUUCAGAAAUCGUGCUGUCGUUCACUGGCCGACGGCGCUCCAACGUGAGUCCUGACCGGGCCCUCCAGGAGGCCCUGCGCACCCAGCUCCGAGUGGUGGAGAGCAACAGCCAGGAUGUCAUUCAGCUCUUCAAGGACUUGUCUGCACGUCUGGUUUGUGUCCACGCUGAGAAGGACAGCUUUGUUCUCACUUUCAAGACUGUGGAGGAAAUCUGGAAGUUUUCCACUUACUUAGCAUUAGGCUACGUGGCUCGUUGUUUGGAGAACUUCUUGUGUGAUCAGUCGAUCUGGCUCGAUCCAGAGCUGCUCAGUGACUUGGAGAUCAGUGUAACUGUGAACGAGGAACAGCUGGCUACCCUCUACCUGGAGCUCUUAAUCCAAGAAGGAUCCUUCUUCGCGAAGGCGCUGUUCACACGUGACCAGGAUGAGGACGACGAAGAGCAGCUGGGGUUCCGAAAGAACGACCUGCUGAUGGUGAAAGACACGGGGCAGGACGACAUGUGGGAGGGCUCCAUGAUCUCCACCGGAAAGCACGGCCUGGUGCCCGUCAACGCCAUGCAGCCGCUGCCCUACCCCUUCUACCAGUGGUUCCUGAGGAAGUAUCCAGGCUACGCUGGAUGUUCGCCUACAGAAAAGGAACCGUUCGAGCAUUAUAUUGUGACUGGCUCUUGCGUAGCAGUCGUUGACUACAGUCCGGUGGGGAGAGACGAGCUGCAGCUGAGCCAAGGUGACAUUGUGGAGAUUCAGUGUCUGCUGCUCCGGAGUCUGGCUGUUUUCAUAGGAAAGCACUCUUCCACGGGACACACUGGCUUCGUACACAAGGCCCACGUCCAGCCUCUAAAUACCAAACCUCUAGACGAACAGUUGGUUUUUCUGACUGAGGAGGAGAAGGCCAGUCUGGCUCGGGUUAACCCGUGUAGCUCCGAGCUGAGCGACGGCAGCCUGCUGGAAAGACUCUUCUCAUCCGACAUCAGCUGCGUCUACAGGCUGGACAGGCUGGAUGAGACGGACUUCAUGUACAUCAGGAAUCGACCGAAACAUGAUCACAAAGCCCGUCAGAGCGCCACGUCAGAAAGAAGUGCAGGGACGCCGCCCUACCAGUCCUCCCCUCGCACGUCUUUCUCUCAUUCCUCUCCUCGUGUGUCCAUCUAUCAGUCUCACAAUCUGCUGCCUCAAGAGGGGGAGCGGCUGUCCUUCGCCCUGGAUGACACAUUCAGAGAGCUGGACGAGUUCCACGAAGAUCCACCUCUCUUCUUAGAGGAAAACAGCUGGGACGCGGAGGAGUCCGAGCUCAGCGACCCGACUCUGAUCCUGCUCAACCAAGAUCAUUUCCAGGAGGAUUUCCAGCCCUUAUACGAUUUGCGGUAUUCCUUUCUGUGGACGACCUUCGGGGGGAAGACUGAGGACGAGCUGUCAGGACACCUGGAGAGUGUCAGGGAGUGCGCCAAGAGACUGGGCAUGCACUGGGCUCACCGGCGGGCGUGCUUCGUCCUGGGAAGGCUGUGUGCCAGGAAGCUAAAACUGUCCCAGGCACGCGUGUACUACGAGGAAGCUCUGAGUGUGUGCGUGGACAGUUUCUCCGACACGCCGCUCCUCGUCGCUCUCUACACCAACCUCACCGCCAUCUACCUGAAGCAGCGCAUGACGGACAAACUGAGCCAGACCCUGGAGAAGGCCAGCGCCCUGCUCCUCUGUCUCCCCGCUCACGUCUUCACGUCGGCGGACGAGGCGGAGCUGCUGCAGCUGCUCCUGAGGAGAGCGGUGGUGAUGGUGGACAAACACCUGGAGGCUCGCGUCUGCUACCUGACCUCCAGCCUCUUCCUGCUCCUCAGGAAGACUGACGAUGCUCUCCCUUUUGUGGAGCGACUCCAGUUUCUGUCCAGGACUCUUUCCGCUGCCGAGUGCCGGCCGAUAGCGCCCUUGGACCUCAACUGGCUUUUGAGUUGGCUGUAUCAUCGUAAAUACAUGCCUUUCUUAGCUCUGGCCUCUCUGAGCCUGGACUCCAGACGGGACCACUCCCUGCAAAACGCCUUCCAGAGGAUUGACUUAUUUAUCAAGAACUCUGUGCGACUAAAUCCGUGCUGGAAGGAAGGGACGUCCUUGCUACCUGCUCAGAUCGUGGUUUAUUUGCAGCAGACCCUGGUAAUCGCCGAGCAGGGGGAGGACAUAAAGACCCAGAGGGAUUUGUGCCUGGGCUUAGCCACAGUUUACCAGCAGUACGGCGCCCUCGAUGAAGCGGUGCGCUGCGCUCAGCAGGCCGUUGAGACCGGAGGCCACAUAAAUGAAGAGGAGGGCUUUGAGGCGUCUGUUCUUCUUGGGUGGCUGCUGGUGUUAUCAGGGCAUGCUGAGAAGGCCCAGAGUGUCCUACAGCCACUGCUCACAUCGCUACAGGGAACAGACAGUCCCACUCAGCGAGGGGUCAUUCAUAACCUCCUGGCUCUUUGUCUGAGGCAUCAGGGUCGUGUGCAAGAAGCAGGCCGGCAUUUUCACUCCGCUCUGGUGAUCUCCAGAGAAAGCGGAAACCAGAGGAAUCAAGCCCUGGCACUGGCCAACCUGGGCUGUCUGGCGCUAGAUGUAGGUGCAUCCUGGGUCGCAGAACGCUUCCUGUUCAGAUCCCUCUACCUGUUUGGGGAGCUGUGCGAGAGUCCGGCUGAUGAGGAGCACGUGCAGACCUGCCUCUGGCUCGGGCGAAGCUUCAGAGACAGAGGGAGGAAUCAAGACAGCAGGGCUUGUUACGAAAUGGGGCUACUAAUUGCACUGCAUGCCAAAAACCUGCACAGUCAGAUGGUGGUGGCCAAGGUGCUGAGUCGUCUGUACACUGACAUGCUGCUGUACGGCCAGAGCAUCGUCUACUACGAGCACUGUGUGUCUGUGUCCAGAGCACUGAAAGACAAAAGGCUGGAGGGGGAAUAUCUGGAAAUCCUCAGCAGCCUCUACCUCUCUCUCAACACCGAGAGAUCGUCUCGGAAGUCUCUCGACUACACCAAGCAGAGCCUGAGGAUCUCCAUCGACCUGGGCAAACGGGAGGAAGAGUCGGAAACGUGGCUGCAGGUGGGACGCAUCUAUCACCUCAUCCAGGAGGAAGAGCUGGCCGACAUGUACCUGCAGGCAGCGGUGAAAACAGCCCUGAGGAUGAAGGACUCUCACUUUGCGAUGAGCAUCUAUGAGGAGGCGGGAGACGUCUACUUUAAGAGCCACCACAACAGGAUGGCUUCUCUGCCUUUCUACAGGGAUGGUAGUCUGCCGUUUGCUAGGAGCAUCAAGGACAUCCACUCGGAGUACCGCCUGUUAAGUAAACUGACGGAGCUGCUGAUGAACCAAGGCGAGCAGGAGGAGGCUCUGCAGUACGCAACCCUGGCUGUUCAGAUCGCCGGCAAAACAGGUGUCGGUGUGAACGAGAGAACCGCCUACCACCGGCUGGCCACGGUGCACUACAGCCUGGAGCAGUACGAGCUGGCAGAAAACUACUACCUGAAGUCGCUCUCACUGUGUCCGGCCGUCCUGCAGCAGCCGGCAGAAGCGCAAUACUACACCAAGCUGUACUGCAGACUGGGAAACAUCACCCUGCACAAGCUGAAGGUACAGGAGGCAGGGCGGCGGUGUUCAAAUCAAAACUCCCUCUGUGCUGCUGGUUUGAAAGGGCCUGUCGAGGAUGCUCACGAUGCAGUGGGUUACUUCCAGUUGGCUCUGGCAGCAGCACUGGAGGACCGAACUCACCCCGAGGCGCUCUAUGUGGUGUACAUGAAGCUGGCGGAGAUCCAUGGAAACCACAUGCCCGAUUCUCAGCUCUGCCAAGUUUACAUAGACGGGGCUCAGAGUCUGAAGAGAGUUCUGGCCGGAGAGAAAAGCGCGGAUGAUGCAGACGAAGGGCCGAGCCAAAAGGGGAAGAGGAAGCUGGAUGCUGACGCGGGACUUUCAGAAAGUUUGAUGAAGAAAAACGGCAUUUCUGAUGCAAUAUCUAAAGACGUGAAGUGUGAAGAUGAUUCAGCUUCCAGAACAAGUGCAUCCCAUCUGGACUCACAGCGUAGAUGUUCAAUCACUGAUCUGAAAGGAGAUCACAAUCACUAUCUCCCUGAUACAGACGGUCCUUUUGUGGACGCUCCUGGCUCCGAAUCAGAAACGAUUGCCAGUCAGUCAUACAGCGAGAGUGUUUUAACGGAGUCCUUUGAUACGGCAAAGGAGCACAUCUCAGACUCCAGCUGCUCCACCGAAACAUCACAAACGUACCAGAAUCCCACAGAUGACAAAGACUCUGACUUUGAUACCGGCAGCCUGCAAACUCAAAUACCUGCUAAUGACUCAAGGAUCAUCAAAGAGGCAAGACUCUGAGGGUCAACAAGACAGCCAUGAGAAAGAGACAGAGCAGAUCAAGUAUGUGAUACUGAGCCGGCGUCGCGCUGACACUGAUAACACAGACUCAUCUCUCAGUAGCACUUUAUGAAUCUCACCGUAAUUUCCUUCAUCUCGGCUACACAUCUUAUCCAGAUUAAUUCAAUUCAAUUCAAUUCAGCUUUAUUUAUAUAAAGAAGAAGGUCCUGCAGACCUGUUUAAUGCGGGAGUUAAAGGAUAAAUCCUGGUCAAAGGUCACUGCCAGGUUCCUCACAGUGUUACUGGAGGUUAAAGUAACACCAUCCAGGGUCACUAUUGGAUUAGAUCAUUUUUCUCUCAGGUUUUUUGGUCCAGAUGUAAUCACUUCUGUUCGAUCUGAAUUCAGGAGCAAAACAUUAUGACUCAUCCAGUUUUUUAAGUUUUUAAGAGAAGCUUCUGGUCUGACAGGUUUAUCGGUGUAGAUCUGUGUAUCAUCUGCAUAACAAUGGCAGGUAACGGAGUGUUUCCUGAUGAUUUUCGCAACAGGAAGCAUGUAUGAUGUGAAGAGUGUAGGUCCCAGGACAGAGCCCUGUGCUUUCAACGUUCCAGCCACGUGGCGCCUAAUGUACGAAACAUGAUGUCAAUAUUGUAAAUACGACAGACUGAGUCCACUCAAAGCAUGUGCCUUUGUGUAAUAUAUUCUGUGACUAUGCACUGUGCCCGUCAUAUGUUUUCUACAGUUUUGUAUCUCUGGCAGAUAUGACUCAAACAUUAAAAAUGAUA